GGGGCGGAAGUGCUCCCGAGCGCUGGGCCAGGACGGGCGGUCAUGGCCGUGUACGUGCGGGUGCUGCGGAACGCGUUGCGGCAGCUCGGCGGGCACGGCGGUCUCCGCGGCGCCAUAUGGAAGGUGUUAAGGGUCAGUGAUUUGAAGAUUGGUACGCUAAUCGGUGUUGACAGAUAUGGAAACAAAUACUUUGAAGACAAAAGGUAUUUUUUUGGUCGACACAGAUGGGUUGAGUAUACUACUGAAAUGAAUGGCAAAAAUACAUACUGGGAUUUGGAUGCAAGCAUGGUGCCACCGGAAUGGCAUCGCUGGCUUCACUCCAUGACUGAUGACCCUCCAACAACUCAUCCACCAGUUGCUCGUAAAUUCAUCUGGGAAAACCAUAAAUUUAAUCUGAGUGGUACUUCUGGGCAAUAUGUCCCCUAUUCUACAACUCGUAAGAAGAUACAGGAGUGGAUCCCACCUGCAACAGCUAGCAAAUAAAUGCAAAGGUCUGAUUUACCUAGAAUUAGACCCUUAAUGUAAAUUGUAUAUUAAUUGAAUUAAAAUAAAAUGGAAAAACCUC